CAUUUCGAUGUAUCCCAUUUGCUGAAGCUUUGGUGAACUUGAAUUCGUGCAUGAUGGAAAUGUGCGGCCCGUGGCCUUCCGUACUGCUGAUGUCGAUUGUCAUCAGCUCACCAGCAGUCCCGGAGGCAAAAGAAGUCCGAGUGUCGCCCAAAGUGACUGGAUACGUUGGGCAUAACGUCAUCCUGCCCUGCCACUUCGUCAAAGGAUCCUCAGAGUCCGUUGUCACCCAGACCACGUGGGAGAAGACGACCCGAGACAAGCGGGUGCCUGUUGUAGUUUCACACCCGGAUCAUGGAGUUAGUAUUUCGAACACGACUCUUAAAGGGAGGGUUGAGUUAGUAAACACUUCCGAAGAUGAAUUCUCUUUGCUCAUCAGAGACACGGUAAUGGCGGACGCAGGGGAGUUCAUCUGCAAUCUAGCAGCUUACCCCAUGGGUGGAGGUAGAGGAACCACGAACCUCACUGUUCUGGACCAGCCGCCUUUGUCCCCAGCCGUGUUGGCCUUGAUCGGGAGCGCCGUCACCGUUCUACUGGUCACUGUGGCAGCCACAGCAUUUCGCUUCUUCUUCAAAACAAGACACCAGACCUCGCUUAACCACGCCGUCCAGAUCGGUAAGCUCAAACCCGUGACCCCAAAAAGCUGCAAGUGUGUCAACGCUUCGUCUCAGACGUGUAGGCUGCUGAAACUUGUCACGGCUUGCUUUGUCUUUUUCCUCAUUCAACCGUGCGCUUUUCCGGAUGCAGGCGGUUCGGCAGCGGAAGCAAGCAGGUCGUCUGUGAUCGUGGGAGAGGAGGAUCUGGUCUACAGCGAGGUCAAGAGGAAGCCACGCAGCAGAGACAAAACCCCCCCAGCCAAUGGCAAUCGCACACACGCCUCCGAGGCCGAUGACGUCAUAUACUCAGGGAUAGCAUACGGAACCGCCCCCCGCACACAGUGAUGAGACGCAGCCCAAGGUGAUAAAGAAGCAUCCUCUCUGUCGGGUCGCGGGGAUGCUGGAGCCUAUCCCAGCAGCCACCGGGCGGCAGGCGGGGAGACACCCCGGACAGGCCGCCAGGCCAUCACGGGGUCGACACACACACAGCCACACCUAGGGACACUGCAGUACGGCCGAUUCACCUGACCCACAUGGCUUUGGACACAGACGACGACCCGGGACGACCCCCGAGGUUGGACUACCCCGGCGCUCGAACCCAGGACCUUCUUGCUGUGAGCUGACCGUGCGAACCACUGCGCCACCGUGCCGCCCUUCACACAUU